AAUUGAUUACUUAGUCAGUUUUUUUAUUGUAAUAAUGUAGAGAUUUUUAAAACAAAAAAAUAGAGAUACGGAUCAUAAUCUAAAAAUUUUACUUUGAAUGUGGUAGACAAUAACCAAAUCGGUUUUAUCAAUAUAUUGUUCUUAGCGUUUUUAAAAGUCUUCGUUUUGUGAACAUGCACAAGAUCUCUACAUUUGAUCCAUAGGCAACCAGAAAUACAAUCAAUUUUGCAAGAAAUUCUUUUUGUUGUCAAAAUCCUAACCUCAGAUUUUAAUUCGUUAAAAUUGAUAACUUAAAAAAAAGGUAUAUUUGGUAUUUUUUCAUAAAAUACCUUCAGUAUAAUGGCGCACGACCGAGAAAUCUUAAGAGAAGUAUGGGAAGGCAAAUUGCCCGUAUGUUUUAAGCUCAAUCCCGACGAAGUUGUUGAAUUACAACAGCCAGAUCCUAUUUACUUGAUGGUACCCAGAUUAAGUUAUUUUCCUCUAGUUAUGGACAAAGUAAAAAAGCACUUUUUGAAAUAUAUUACAAAUGAUAAACAAGACCAAGAAAUGUGGCUCGAGUAUAAUGGACAACCAAUGAAAUGGCACUUUCCUAUAGGAGUACUGUACGAUAUUCUAGUAGACACUGAUAAUGAAACGUUGCCUUGGAUUGUGAUAGUACACUAUGACAAGUUUCCUGAAACUCAAGUGUACAGGUUUAGUAAUAAGGAAAUGGUUGAGUCCUAUUUUAUGGCAUGCUUAAAGGAAUCCGAUGUAUUAAAGCACAGAGGUCAAAUUGUAACAAGCAUGCAGAAAAGAGACCACAGUCAAUUGUGGCUAGGCUUACAGAAUGAUAAAUUUGAUCAAUUUUGGGCAGUUAACAGAAAGCUUAUGGAACCAUCUGGUGAUAAUGAAUAUUUCAAGUACAUUCCAUUUAGAUGUUACAUAGAUGAUAGUUAUAAACAAAAACUUGUCAAGCCAGUUACAGAUGAAGGUAAAAGAAAAACUUUACUAGAUCUUCUUAAAGAGACAUUUCCUGACAAGUCUUCAGUUAAGGUUAAAACCCAUGGUAUGAUUCCUCCAUUAGAGACACCGUUGCAAUGGAUGUCAGAACAUUUAAGUUAUCCAGACAACUUUUUGCAUUUUUCUGUUAUAUAGGAUUAAUUUAUUAAUCUAAAAUGUGAGUAUAUUCGCUGUAUUCAGUAUUUGAGAUUUAUGUUCAUAUUAUAUAUGUACUGUAUGAUUUGGGACUUGAUAGUUAAACAAAUUUUUAAGUUCCUUCUUUGUCAUUAUCCAAAAUUUGCUUCAUGAAAUUAUAUUUCGCCUUCAAAAUAUUAUUUUACCUUAGUUUACUGUACCAAUAGGUUAUCUGAAAUGUAACACAUAAUUAGAAUUAUUAUCUAUAUUUUAGAAUUGAAUCCUAGUAACAGAUAAUAGAUGAUAUUAUUUAUUUAAGAAAACUGUCUUGCACAAUUGAAUGUUUUUAGUAUGUUCAAGUAAUUUAAAUAUAUCAAAGGAAUUAUCUUACA